CGUUCGGCAGCCUCACGGCGGAUGUGCCUCGGACGGCCUCAUGAAAAAUGUUUGAAGAGCGCCCACCGCCGCCGCACUCGUUCCGUAGCGGAACUGUCCAGUGGAGCGAUGCCGGGGCGCGCGCUGGAGCGGAGCCGGUCUCCCGGCAACAGCCGCCAACAGCGCGCGUGGGCACAGCUCCACGCCCGGCACAGCUCCACGCCCGGCACAGCUCCACGCCCGGCACAGCUCCACGCCCGGCACAGCUCCGCCCCGGGCACAGCCCCGCACCGGGCACAGCCCCGCAUCGGGCCCCGGGAGCCGCGGGCAGCAACAGCGGCGGGAGGGGUCGGGUCUCUUGGGCCCAUAAGAGCAGCGGGUGGCGACGCAGCUUGCCGAGGAGGGAAGCCGGCGGAGCGCUGGGCGCAGCCCCGCAGGUAACCCCGCUCRCCCCGCGAUGUGAGCACCCGACACAGAUCGGGGGAUGUGGUAGAACGAGCCACGGGAAGAUUGUGCCGAGCUUGGUCGGACUCCUGCAUGUCAGAUCUGUGUGACACACUGGUGGAUCACAAUGCCUGAACUGAAGGGACAUGUUACGGGAAACCACCUGGGGAGUAKAACAAUUCCUCCGUCAUUGCAGUAUAUUUCUGCUGCUAUCAUGAUAAAGCAGGGCUCAGACAGAAGGAGAAAURAAAGUGUAUCUUAUUUCUGGCUGCAUAAACGGUUGGAACUAGAAGAGGCAGAAUGGGAGCUCCCUAGAUGRAAGGAAUGUAAAGAUUUAUAGAAAGCAGAAAAGUUACAAAACCUUUACUAAUACUAUAACCUCUGUCUGCAGCCUCCAUGCAUAAACUGCUAGGAGAAGAUUUGYCCAGUUUUGGAUAAGAUUAUGUGUAAUGGCUUUGCUUCUAACCUCAGGCUCUUUCUCAGGCACUGAAUGGCUUUUUUUCCAUCGGUGGCUCCAGUGGUGGCAGCUACUAAGCCUGCUCCUGGUUCCCAGCUGAAACACCAGAACAACUUUCAGCAUGGACUCAUACUUGACAAAGAGGAAAGUUUAAAAGAUCUCUAUGUCCGAAGAUAUUCGUAUUCUAUAUCUGCAGAAAGCACUCAGUAUAGGCCCAGUCAUGGAGGCUUCUGUUCAGGUGGACUGGAGAGCAAGUAUCUCAUCAGCCAGACCUGUACUUUAUCAGCUAAAUCAUUAGGCAGACGGAAAGGAGUGGACCGUGCAUAUCCCCUGCAACCAAUUUAUCACCACAAGAGUGCAAGUGCUCCACUGCUCAACACCGGAAGUUCCCCAUAUGUGCAGGAAGCUCCAAAUAGUAGAUCAAGCUCAACAAGCAAAGGUAUAGCUCCUGCAGGGAGUUCUCAGUUAGCUGCAGUGCUCUGCCCUUGGACAGGAGAGCCUGAACUAUCAGGCCCUCAUCUAUACAGCAGAGAGCUGGCAUACAGCCUUAAGUUGGAGGCAGACAUAAAGAACCUAGAAGAAGCAAUUCAAAAGAAAGAGGCCCUUCUUAGAGAGAAGUUGAAGAGGACAAUGGAGACACUUAGGAGGAUUCAAAGUGAGAAGGAGCUUAUCAGGGUAGAGGAGAGAACAGACAGUGAAGUGGAGAGGACCCAUGACCAAAAGGUCACAAGGCACCCUGAAGAAAAAAAUAUCAGAGCUGCACACAGGCCAGGAGUGGCAAUCUUCACCACAGUCGCAAGUGGGGCACAGUCUACACGGGACACUGUCCCCAAGCCUGGCACCACACUCCACUCCCAACAGCUGGCUGUGAGCAAACUGAAGGAUAGGCUGGUGGCUGUAAAACACAACAAAACAAACAACAGCAAAAUACAAGACAACGUACCCAUGGAGCAUUUAGCUUCUUGUUCAAAACUGGCCCCAAAACAUAGCCUUUCUGCCCUCUCAGACCACAAUUCUGAUGGCCACCCAUCUGCAGAGAUGGUAUACAAGCAGACUGCCAGUGCUGUGGAGCAGGAAGAGUUUGGACAGUGCAGCUUCUGCAAACGUAAGUUUUUCUGCACGAGGCUUGAGAAACACAUGAGUAUCUGUAGCAAGAACCAAGACUCCAAGAGGAAAGUGUUUGACUCCGGCAAGGCCAGAGCUAGGGGAACAGAACUGGAACAGUAUCGGCAGGGGAAGAGCUCAAGGAGUGCUCAGAGUAAAACACCACCCAAAAAGAAUAGCUGGAAACAGAAGCAUGAAGCUCUCAUCCACACCGUGUCRCAGGCCCGCCAGGUGCAGCAAGUCCUCGCUAAAGGGGGGAAGGAGGCUGACCUGCCCCCAUUGCCUCCCAUCGAAAACCCAGACUAUGUUGCCUGCACCUACUGCGGACGAAAGUUUUCUCCCCGAGCAGCUGAGAGACAUAUUCCCAAAUGCAAAAACAUAAAGAAUAGGCCCCCACCCCCACCACAGAGGAGGCACUGCUGAAGCAGUGCCCAACUGUACCUGCUGCUUUAAUUCCCUGCCUGUUUUUUUUUUUUUUUUUGCCAGGUUUACAGCUAUAGACAUUUGUGCUUUCUUUAGUCUCAACACUGGCUGCAAGUUUGUAUGUACAGUGAGUGAACAGAUCAGGAUGUGUAAMUAGAGUAACAGAACUUGUAUACGACCCGCACCCUGGGUUUCCCAAGAGAUGCCCCUUUCCUCAGCACAAGAAGCUCAAGAUCAGAAAUUCCAGGGGUUAGAAAAAUUAGCAGUAGCAGGCACUUACUGUUGAAUUCAUACGUCAAUUCCUGUGCAUAGAACAACAGGGAUACUCUGAACCAGACAGGCCCUUUAGGCAACAGAACAACCAUUACAAUCAGAUUUAAUGUUUUUAAAAAUGGAGUUUUCCUGCAGGCCAAGUUGCUAGGGACCUCUAAAAAUCAAAGCUUUCACCCUUCCUUAAGAUAUUUGCUUAUAUUCAUCUUGGUUGCUGCAAUGGUAGGGAAUUAUGACAAAAAUAUAUCCCUUCUGUUUUCUUCUCGAGAUGUUAUUUUUCUAGAUUCUGAUUAUCAAAUAUAUUAAACUAGUUCUCUUGUGUAAAAGUUAUUUUAAAUAGUCACAGAGUGAUCUGUGUUCUCACAAUAAGAAUGACUACUUUGUAUAAGRAAGUUGCUACAAUAAGUGAACAAGGAACAAAAAAAAAUUCCAGCAGUUCCUUUCACAAGUCCUCCAGUAGCAUAGCGGCAGCUCACGGGAACCUAGGGAAAGAUCUAAAGCAACUAGAUUAAGCUGGAAUGAUCAGAAGGUGAAUAUGAAUAAAUACUCCAGCCUUCAGUGUGUGAACUUGACUCCUGAAAGAGGCUGGAGAGCUUCUGUCCUAUAGGUAUGUGUGCAGAAAUCUGAAUCCUUUGGCACACCCUGGAAAAGCAGGAAUGUCUCAAAAAGGGUCAUUGCUGCACUGUGCCAGCCAACGAUGAGUGUACAAACCUAAGAGAAAAAGCAGACUCAAAGCAAGGGGAAAUAAUUUGCUGUAUCCAAACUGAUCAGAGAAGCAAGACCAAUGCUUUAUCUUCAGAGUUUUGAAAAGCAAGAUAGCAAGAGGAGACGAGGUAGGAAAGGGGAAAACAGAAACCUUUAUGCCAUCAUUGAAUUCAUGAAAGGUAUAACUGAAUUCAACAUAGUAGUUAAAAAAUUCAGCACCACUGCCUGUCUUGUAAUAUUAACUCUGUUUCCCUUGCACUACGUGUAGUUGACUGUAUUUAGUAGACCCUGAAGGUCAGCAGAGUGUAAAUGGUGACAUGUGGAUACACAGAGAAAAGCAUUUGAUGUAAUAAAAUAAACCCAUGUGUUGGGGAUUCCUUGUAAGUGACAGGCAAAUGUCAAAUGYGGAGAUGGAAAAGAUUGAAACUGUCGAUUAAACGAAAGUUAUUAAAUUACCAUGCUUCAUUUGUUAACUGUUUUGGAGUUAACCGUGGGCAGUUCAUCCUUUUGCUAUUGUUUCAGGAUGCAGAAAGUCCCUGAUAACUGGCUUAAAACUCAGUAACAUGUUAGACAAAAUAUCAGG